CAUCUCCAACUGAACAUGAUAGCAGAAGCUGCAAUAUCCUGCUGGACGCCCGAGAGACGACAGGGAUUUGUUGAAUUGCGCUGUGACGUGACUGUCUUUCUCGCUGGCCAUCUGCUCGAGUGCGGCCCCUACGCGACGGGAGCAAACAACUGGGACCAGACAGAGUCCAGGUAACGGGAGCCACGAGUGCUCCUCCCCAGCAACAACCAAAGCUAUGAUUGCCGGUCCUGGCGGAUUUCAAGCCGAGGCAACGUUCUAUGUGAAUGGGUUGGAUAUCGACGCCAAGAUAGAGAUGUUGGGAAACGAUGGUAGAGCCUCAUCACAUCUUGACUUGCGUCUUCGACACCGGGAGCAGGCCUGCAUAGUGUCACAGUCAGCCUGUCCUGAAAGCGUUAAAACGAGAGAAUCCUCCGUCCUGAUCAGGCCCCGUCUUAACGGUGAUCGGGCCCCCGUCCUCCUAUACUAGUGCUCACAACCGGAACCCUAAUUCCUCCCACGCCAACGAAUAAAAAACAUUGCCAAGGAAGAUAAACAAGGAGAGACCGGGGGAUAAAUAAUAUCGGCUCAGACUAGAUUGCUAGUUAAAUCUAAAUUAAUGGGGGCGUCUUCUCCAGGCCGGAAGGGCGCCGAACGACGCUAAGAUGUUGCCAAUCUUCGGUGAAUGUCUGUGUUCAAUAAUGACGCUAUAUAAAGUUGUCCCCAGCAUUUCGGUGAUGGAUCGUUUCUUUCCCUCCCCGCAUUCGCAGUUCCUGGAGGGAGAGUGGGAAUGGCGGCAAUGGAUGAAGUAAAAGGUCACUUUGCAACAGCUGAGGAUCUGGAGGCAAGUCAGAAUGCAUCCAGUAUCGACCACCAGCGAUUCUCCAUAGAGGAUGAGAAGAAGCUGGUGCGCAAACAGGAUCUGCGUCUUAUCCCCCUUGCGGCGUUUAUUUAUUUGCUCUGCUAUCUGGACCGUUCGAAUAUUGGUGAGUGAUUCUUGCACUUUUCCUGACGGGAGAAGGCAGGCGUUGACUAUGGCUGUUUUUGUCAAUGCAAUAGGAAAUGCCAAAACGCUCAAUUCGGAUACGAAGAAUGAUUUGCUUUCGGAGACGCAUAUGACGUCCUAUCAAUAUACGUAUGCCGAUACACAGCCUAAUGUAUGGGGUGCGGGGACUCACAGUUGAAUCGGAUAGAAUUGCCCUCAUGGUCUUCCUGAUUGCCUACGGGGUUUUCGAGGUGCCAUCUAAUUAUUUCCUGAAGAAGCUGAGGCCCAGUCGGUGGAUCGCAUUCCUCAUGUUCUCCUGGGGGGCAGCAACCAUGGGACUCGGUGGAGCUCAAAACUACGCCCAAGUAACCGGUGUACGAUUCCUUCUGGGCGUCAUGGAAGCAGGUCUCUUCCCAGGUCUAGUAUACUACCUGACCUUCUGGUAUCGGACUGACGAACGAUCCCUACGUGUCGCCAUCAUUCUGGCUUCAGCUACCCUAGCGGGAGCAUUUGGUGGUGCAAUUGCGUACGGCGUGGGCCAUAUGAACGGUACCCAUGGCCUAGCCGGUUGGCGGUGGCUGUUUAUCAUUGAGGGAGCGCCGUCUUGUGCAUCUGCUAUUCUGCUCUGGUUCUUUUUAACAGAUUUUCCUGAAACGGCUUCGUGGCUUUCGGAGGAGGAAAAGGCCCUCGCGAGGGAACGAUUGGCGCUCGAGGGUUCUCACGGCCAGGAUAAGUCGUUGACUUGGGCCGAUGCUAAGGGAGUCUUGAUGGAUUGGCGGCUCUAUGUCCAUUAUGCUGUCUAUUUCAGUAUCUCGACUCCGUUUUCCAGUCUAUCGCUCUUCACUCCUUCUAUAACGGCUGGCCUGGGGUACGAAGGUCUCAAGGCACAGCUGAUGACCGUGCCGCCGUACGUAGCAGCUUACGUGGUGACGAUUGCAGUCUCCUGGUCCGCCGAUUAUUUCAACAGUCGCGGUCUUCAUUCCGCAGCCCUCGCAUUAAUCGGCGCUGCAGGCUUCCUAGCUUCGGCCGUACUGCCACCAGAGUCAUACACACAACGCUACGGCUGCCUUAUUGUCGCAGCAUGCGGCUCAUUCGGCUGCAUCCCGCCCUUACUAGGCUGGCUCUCCUCAAACCUCCGUUCAACCGGCGGCGUCGGCCUGGCCAUCGCAUUAAACAUUUCUUUCGGUGCACCCGGUCAGAUCGCGGGAGUCUGGAUCUACAAGGCGAAUGAGGUUAAGAGAGGGUAUCCGACAGGCCACUGGACGAAUGCUGGGCUGCUGUUUUUUACGGCAGCGGGAUGUGUGGCGUUGAGGUUGUAUUAUGGGUUUAUGAAUCGGAGGAGGGCUAGGAUUGCUGCUGUUAAGCGGUAUGCUUAUUAGAUAGGCUGAUGUCUCUGUUUAUUUAUGCAGGGAUCUCAUUCUGAGAAGUAUUGAUUGAAUGGUUUCUAUGCAUCUUAUAUUUCAGGUGUUACGUUUGCUCAUUAGAAGGUGUUUAUGCAUGGAUGUUCGAGUUCCAAGGUAUAGCAAAAUCCAGUAAUUCGAACCGCCUCCCAAUAUUAAUUCUGCUUCAAUGGAAUAGCACUGGCG